AUGUCAAAACCAUCAAGAAGGCAGCCCGAGCCAUCACUGAGAAGCCAGGACAUGCACCUGGGCAACGGCGCCCACACAAACAAGCACGUUUGUGAGGAGAUCACCAUUAUUCCCAGCAAGAUGCUCUUUAACAAGAUAGCAGGCUAUGUCAGAUGUCUGAUGAAGUGGAUUCAAAGGCCCCCAGAGAGGUAUCUGCAGGAAGAGAAGAGAGAAAGGAGAAAUAAUUAUGUUCCUAAGGAUUCAGCCCUGGAUAAGAUCGUUGAAGUAGAUUCUGACACUGAGGAAAUGCUGAAGUUCUUGGACUUUGGCAAACUCUCCAACCUGCAGGUCCUUCAGCCCACUAACCAAACUUUCUUCCUCAUUCCCUGUCUUCCUUCAGGAAAUAUUUAA